AUGCCCCAUCAGUCAGGUCGGAUAAUCUUUCUCCUUGAGGCUGACCCUGACUAUUCGGCGGAUUAUGCCCUAGCAUUGGCUGCCAUCACGACAUUCGCCGUGCACAAAGCAACAAACCAAAGUGCCGUGCAUAUCAAGGUGGCAACUGUAUCGUGGGAACCAAUCCACCCAGUCACGAGACGGCUGUUUCAGCAAUACCUUGGUGCCCUCGGCGCCUGGGGGAGUAUUUCCGAAUUCUUGCUUACAAAAUCUGAACCCCUGCCAGCAAACCCUGUGGUUCUCAAGGACCUACCCUCGAAUCUGCUUGAGUAUGGUACAGCGUCUAAUGACACUGGGAGUCUAUGCCUGCGUUUUCGGGACGCAAUGCAUGAUGCUGCGGACCUGGAUGAACGGAACACUGAGCCAUCACAAUGGGAUCCUUGGAUCACAGCAUCCACCUCAAAGGGGAACUAUGAUACGAUCCCAUCAGCUUUGAAAGACCCCGGAGUCGAGCUACAAAUGCUUCAUCUGAAUGCAGACUUCAGAUUAGCAGAACGCUUGCCCUCCUACUACACUGUCAGCAUUUUUGCGAGUCCUACGGUCCCUCGACUCAUCUUCGAUCGCCGCUCUCGUCAGCUACUGCACACAUUUCUGUGGAUCUCAGAGUCGGAAGAACUUCAGCAGUUGUCUUGGCGUUUCCGGGUUCAGAGUUAUCAUCCUCCCGAUAUUCUGUGCCUUGAUCACUUCACCAAGCAUCGCGCGAAAGAACGACGAUUGAAAAUCCGAAAUGAACACGCCGAAGGGUUCGUGAUUGCCCUCUAUGAUUAUAUGGAAUGGCCUCGGACCAUUUGGGACUUGUUGAAUGUUGUUCAAGAGAAAGAUGAUGUUUUCAGUCUUGCUCGUAUUCGCUUUCUCUUCUCAGGAAUCACGAUAAGUGAUGAAGUCAUACCCGAAAGUUCCAAAUUACGGCCAAGAACAAGCAACGGCGACGCACUCUAUGCUAUUUUGCCACAGGUCAAUUACGACUCGCGUGUCGCUCAUUUCCUCAGCCUGGAUACAAGCUCCUUGAUCGCCAUGCUAAAGGUACACCUUGCCCCGAUGUUAGCAGCAGCAAAUGAACCUCUGGAACUGCUCCAUGUCCAGAAACUUGACUCGGAAACCAUGAUAAAAAUAAGAGGAUGCUUAAACGAAUGCUCCCAGGUAUGCGACGCCGGCGAGUGGGUACGUCGCAGCACUCUAUGGGCAACCGCAGGCCUAGGGGGCAUGAUCGAUGCCGAUGACAACGACCUACCGUCCCCUCGUUUCACCACCCCUUUGGCUGAUAGUAGCAUCCGGGUUCUCACGGCUGUAUCCGCAUGGGUGUCGAAAUUCAGUGGGACUAUCGACAGAAUCCUACGCGCGAACGAAAUGGAAGUGGAGGAAUUGGGCAAGUUUCAGGAAUCUGUGAAUGACCACAACUAUAACGAGAUAUCCCGAGACCUGCUGCGCGCAUAUUCACAGCAAGUGGCUUAUGCAUCCAAGCCCAGCAAGAAAUUGCAAGGGGGUGAGCUGCCCAAGCUGUACGACUUUAUGACCAAGAAACGUUUCAGCCCCAAUCUAAAUCUUGCAGUGAUCGAUUGGAACUACAUCUUCAAGCACGAAAAGAGGGCGUAUGGUGUUUAUACGCAUUUGAAGCGCUUGGGAGACGGAGGGACCACUGUUUGUAACUGGACUUGGAUUCCUGAUCAAGUAUGGGUGGAAUUCGAAAUAGCCAUGGAACUGGCUCGGAGGUGGCAGCCGCGUCGGGAUAAGGAGAAUAACGAUGAGUUUUGGAAAACUAAAUUUGGAACCACCCGGCUCAGAGAGGAGAAUGGGGUGCUCUUCGAUCACCAGGAGCUGUAG